GACCAAUCAGAUGAGUCUCCAUCCCGCUGUGGUCGACACCCAACACCCCCAGCCAAGUGCUCGCCCAGCGAGAUGCAGUGUCGCUCAGGAGAGUGCAUUCACAAGAAGUGGAGGUGUGACGGUGACUCCGACUGCAAGGAUGGCAGUGACGAAGCGAACUGUCCUGUUCGCACCUGUGGGUCGGAUCAGUUCAAAUGUGACGAUGGAAACUGCAUCCUGAGCAGCAGACAGUGUAAUGGCCUCAGAGACUGUGCAGACGGAUCAGACGAGGCAAACUGUAGAAACAUGACUCAGUGUAAUGGUCCAGAGAAGUUCAAGUGUCGCAGCGGGGAGUGCAUAGAGAUGAGCAAAGUGUGCAACAAGGUCAGAGACUGUCCCGACUGGAGCGACGAACCGAUCAAGGAAUGCAAUUUUAACGAGUGUCUCCUGAACAACGGUGGCUGCUCGCACAUCUGUAAAGACAUGGUGAUUGGCUACGAGUGUGACUGCACGCCUGGGCUCCAGCUUAUAGACCACAAGACCUGCGGAGAUAUCGAUGAGUGCAUGAAUCCCGGCAUUUGCAGUCAGAUCUGCAUCAACCUGAAGGGAGGGUACAAGUGUGAAUGCCACAACGGCUAUCAGAUGGAUCCGACCACCGGCGUCUGCAAGGCUGUUGGUAAGGAGCCCUGCCUGAUCUUCACCAACCGCCGUGAUAUCCGUCGUCUGGGCCUGGAGAGGAAGGAGUACACUCAGAUUGUGGAGCAGCAGAGAAACGCAGUGGCUCUGGAUGCAGACUUUGACCAGCAGACCAUUUUCUGGGCUGACCUGGGCCAGAAGGCAAUCUACAGCACUCUUCUGGACAAGCGUGUAGACAUUGGCACCCAUAAGAAAGUCAUUGACAACGUGCAGACUCCAGUGGGAAUCGCUGUGGACUGGAUCUACAAGAACUUGUACUGGUCUGAUCUCGCAACCAAAACAAUCUCUGUGGCCAGUUUCAAUGGUACCAAGCAGAAAGUUCUGUUUAACAGGGGCCUCAAAGAACCGGCCGAUAUUGCUGUGGAUCCGCUGUCUGGGUUUCUGUACUGGUCUGACUGGGGAGAGCCAGCCAAGAUAGAGAAAUCUGGUAUGAACGGAGUGGACAGACGGGUUCUGGUGGCGACAGACAUCCAGUGGCCUAAUGGCAUCACACUGGAUCUGAUCAAAGGCAGGUUGUACUGGGUCGACUCAAAGCUGCACAUGCUCUGUAGCGUCGACCUAAACGGGGACAACAGGAAUAAAGUGCUCCAGUCUUCAGAGUACCUCGCUCACCCCUUUGCUCUCACCGUUUUUGAGGAUCGAGUCUUCUGGACUGAUGGGGAAAAGGAAGCAAUCUACGGUGCAAACAAGUUCACAGGCUCCGACGUGGUUACGCUGGCCAGCAACCUGAACGACCCCCAGGACAUCAUAGUGUACCAUGAGCUCAUUCAGCUGUCAGGUACUAACUGGUGCUCAGAGAAAGGUGAAAAUGGAGGCUGCAGCUACAUGUGCCUGCCUGCACCACAGAUCAACAAACACUCCCCCAAAUAUACGUGCGUGUGUCCCGAGGGCCAGGAGCUGACUGCUGACGGCUUGCGCUGCAGACCUGACCCUACGUUCAAAGGUCCUUCAAAGGAUGCUGGGAAAGCUCUAAUACAGCCACCCCCAGGUAAAACUGUUGGCUGCACUGCGUUUGUCUCUGGCUCGCUGAUGGCUCGCUUUAAAGAAUGUUGGGCUUGGUUCAAAAAUGAAUAAAAAAAAACAAAAACA